AUGGAGGACGGCAGCGGCGGCGCCGGCGCCGGCGGUGAGGGGAGCACGAGCGGGGGGAGGUUCCCGAUACUGCAGGCGAACCGGGACCCGGAGUCGAACUGGGAGGUGGACGUCGCCAAGAGCCUCGAGGAGUACCUCCUCAAGAUCUGCUCAGGCGAGAUCUCCGCCGAAGACGGGGCCCACAGCUUCAACUUCGCCGAAGCUGCGCUAUUGCUCCAAGGUUCAGUUCAAGUUUACAGCCGCAAGGUGGAGUACCUGUACUCAUUGGUGCUACAUGCGCUGGAAUUUCUCUCGCAAAAUAAGCAAGAUCAACAAGAAAAGGGAUCUGCUGAAGCUAACGAAAAUGGUCCUAGCACUACUGCCAACAAAGAAGAUGAUAUGUUUAUGGGUUUAGAUGAUGUCCCAGCGGAAACAAGGACCACUUUGGAUAACAACCUUGACCAGGAUGAUCUGCGAAGAAAAAUUGUGAGGCCACCAGCAAAUCUUCUAGUGUUCGAAGGAGACUGUGUCGAUAGCGAAGCAAGCGAACUGGAUUCAUAUUUGUUAGCAACAUGUGGUUUCUUCGGAGAUUUCCUCCUGCUGGAUCCAUGUGACGCACCAGCUGUUUUUGAAUUUUUGCAAGGAAAAAAAUCAUGCAAAGAAGAUAUUUUGGCUCAUAGACGAACUCCUGGGAAAGCCCGAAACAAUGUCUUCACUUCCCCAAAUGUAAGAUCAGGGGGUACUGCUCGUAGACGAACUCCAGGGAAAGCCCGAGAUGAAAAUAUAGAUCCAACUCAGGACAGCGAGCAAUCUCAUGAAAUGAUAGCAGAUCAAAGUCAAGAAGAUAGCUGGCCUCAUCAUCCUGUUGACCACAAUUCUCCUAUCAUCAUGCCCCCACCAGAUGAUGAAGACCCUGGGUGCCCAGAUCUUGGGGAUGAUUCUGAUGAUGAAGAUCCAUAUAAAUCUUUGGAUCCGCAUGAACCUAGCAACCUAAAGAUCAAGCCUUACAAGAGAGUAAAAGCUUUUUCAAGGCAAGUUAUUGGCGCUCCAAAGAAGAAAACCCUUGCAUCUAUAUUUCCUGUGGCAAAAAUGGAUGGUGUUGUUAGUCCUGAACUAACAAAAUAUUUUGAAGUACAAAUGUCUCAGCAGGAAAAACCUGAUGUCUCCCAGUCAGUUCCUCUUUAUGAAAAGCUUAGAGAGUCAUUUGAAACUGGUGAAGUAAAUUGCCAUAUAUCUGGAGAUUUGAAGGAUGACAAACAGACCAAUAAUUUUGAUGAUAUUGAUGGGCCAGACACCCCGAAUGAUCCAUAUGUUGACAUGGAUAUUGAUGAUGACAUGCCAAGUUACUCAGAUAAGAUUGAUGAUGACGUGGUUCGAGUUACGCAGGACAGCAUGGAUGGACAUAAAAGCCUUGAUGAUUUGUGUCGAUCACAUCUGGAUGCUCUCCUUGCUAGCAUAGCUGAGGCUGAACAACAAACCGAGCUGGAUGCACGAGUUUCAACAUGGAAAGAGCGAAUAGAGCUUGCCUUGGAAGAGCAGGAUAGAAACCCACCCUUUGAUAUUGGUUUAUAUGGAGAGCAGAUCCUUGACACACUCUCGUCAAGAACUGAUACAGGGAUUGCAUCAUUCAGUGAGAUUGUUAGCAGCAAACCAAAGUACGAGGUUGCAAGAACAUUCUCUGCCCUUCUCCAGCUGGUGAACGGCAGAAGUGUUGAUCUGGACAAAGGACAAGCUACAAAUGACUUGGUUUGCUACACAGCUGUGAAUCCAUUCCAUGUAAAGCUGAUUGGUCCCAACCGUAGACCAGAGAUGGAGGCACGUUUCGCACGCAAGAGAGUCAAGUCCCCUCAAAGAAGUUGUGGUGAAGAGGGCGAGCCCUCUCGGGUACAACCAAAUUCGUCUAAGAAGCAGCCACCUAAAAAUGGCAAGGUUUCAGUUAAGGCAGCAGUCAGAUUGACUCCUGAAGGAAAGCGAAGGCGAAAGUCUGCUCAACUGCUGCAGCCAUUCAAUCUGGAAUCCAGCUGA